UGGGGAGCGGGGGAAGGAUUCAGACGGACAGAGAGAGAGGGACAGAGGCAGCCGGCGCGAAAGAGGAGAGACCCCCCCCCCCCAGCCCGUCUGCAGCGCCAGCACUCGCCAUGAGCUUCCUCCUCUUUGCCAUCACGGGCCUGCACGUCUUCAUCCUUGUGCUGCUCUUCGUUGCCACUCUGGACAAGUCGUGGUGGGUGCUGCCGGAUGAUGAGACCGUCAAUCUGUGGUACGACUGUCUGUACGACAACAACACCCAGAGCUGGGUGUGCGCCUCUGUUGCCGACAGCCAGUGGCUCCAUGCUGUCCAAGCCCUCAUGGUCCUGGCUCUGCUCUUCUCCAGCUUCGCCUUCAUCCUCUUCAUGUACCAGCUCUACACCAUGGAGCGCGGGGGGCUCUUCUAUGCCACCGGCAUCUGCCAGCUCUUGGCCUGUCUCUCGGUGUUCACGGCCGCCUUGAUUUAUGCCAUCCACGUGAGCGAAUUCCACCACGACCGGCAGCCGGGCGGCUCCUUUGGCUACUGCUUCGUGCUGGCCUGGCUGGCCUUCCCCCUGGCGCUGCUCAGUGGCAUCAUGUACAUCCACCUCCGCAAGAGGGAGUGACCCCUGCCCCCAUCGUGGGGGAGCUGCUCCUGACCAUGGCCCGUGCUGGGGUGGGGGAGUCAUCCCCAUGGGCUGAUCCCUUCCCCCUGCCCCAGGGCGGCCUGGCUGUCACACACCACUGGGGCCCUGGAGCCUCUCCUGGCCACACCCAGCCCCCUUCGCCUUGCCUGUGCCAGGGUCGGGUUUCCCUCUGCAUGGGCACCUGCCCUCCUCCCACCCAUGGCCAGGGCUCCCUCCUGCCCCCAUGACAAGGCCCCCUGGCCAUCCCCUGCUCCCCAGCCUGUUGUGGGUGGGACAACCCAAGCCAUCCCCCUGGUCAUGGAGAGGAUCCCCCCGGCUGAGGUGACACUGUCCAAUCAUCUUGCUGAACAUGCUGGGGAUGUGGGCCCCUGGCCAUGCCUUACAAAUCUGAGUGCCACACCCCUGAACAUCACAUAGAAAUCUGGGAGGGUCACACCCCUUGCCCAUGGCUGGCAGAGAUGGGGGCAGGGCUUAGUCAAGCCACAGCCCCUGGUCCAGAACAUGGCUUAUAAAUCUGGGGUCCACCCCUCCUCGACAGGUGGCAGUUCCACAGUGCUGCACCCUUCGCUCCUCAGGAAGGAGGUAGGCAACAGGGGGGUGGUCCCAGGGAAGGGAUACCCCUUUUUUUCCAAGGCGGGGAUUUCUGGGCUCCAAGGGAACUAUGGGGAGCCUUUCUUCGGCAGCAUCUCCGUGCACGGCUUCUGUCCAGCCCCGUGCCUGGGCUCCAUCAUUUAUACGUUUGGACAAUAAAAAAGUGACCUUA